AGGGGCGGGGCGGCCCACAGAGGUUGGAACGAUCGCUUGAGAAGAAGACACUCGUGAAAGACAGCAGAGUGGAGCUGAGGAGACUGAAGCCGGGCAGGACUCGGAAUCCAGGAGGGGAAGUGGCGAGGGACCGCUGGGGACAAAGGGGAAGGGCUAGAGAGGCCCCCGGAGGGUGCGGGGCUGAAGCUGGGGGCGGACCGAGCUUCAGCGGCUGACCGGUGGCGCCGCGAGUGGCCAAGUCCCCCAGUGCCUGCGCCCUCCCUGCCCUGAGACCCACGAGCCCUUUGCUCUGUCUGAGGGCCUGGGGGCGUGGCCGACGGGGACUCUUUCUUAGGCUGUGCGGGCGCUGGCGCUUAGCCACGCCGAGACCCUUGGGGAUCUACUCCUAAACCAAUAGCUAGCUAGACAGGGACCCCAGGCAAACUCGGCGAGCACACGUUGAGCCUCAGCCUUGCGGGUGGAUCGGUAAAGUUCUAGGAAAACUUUGGGGCUCUGCCGAGAGGCCCCUCUCCGUUCCCUCUGCCUCAGGACGCCUCCCCAUGUCUACUGCGCUUCAGUCCCUAGGGCCUCUCUCGGACUCGUUCUUCCAAGAACAGGUGUUAGGGUAGGUCGACCGACUCCCCGAGCCAGUGUUGGGUCUGUUCUUACCUGAAAGGAGACAGGAGGGGAAUUGUGGGAAGAAACCAGCAUGUUAAUAAGAUGGGGACCAAUGGUAGCUGGAGAUGAAUUAGGUUGCCCUGGGGUGGGGGACAGGAGGGGUGUCGGGUAGAGGUCUGUUUUUUGAUAGUUAUGUCUCUGCUGGACAGCUCAUGCAAACUAGAACUAAUCAGGCAGCGGGUACAUGUCCCCUUCUGAGGCCUCAGAACCGCUCCCCCACUUCUUGUUGCAUGGAGCAGAAACAGUGCUGCUAAGGGUGUGGCUGUUUCUAGCCCUGAGUGUGGACAAUCCAUCCUGGCCACCUUCCACAGGAAGCCUGACCUGAGGGACAGAACAGGAAGGAAGCAGGGACUCACUGUUGGUCCUUCUGAGCCCAGCUGCUGUCAGACCAUCCCAGCUCUGCUCUGAGGCAGACUGUCACCAAUGUCAGUUCAGAAUUCUGACUGGUCCCUCCAACAGGACAAUCCUAUCUUCAGGGAGCCAGAUCCACCAGUCAACUCAGACAGUGACUCAGGCCACCAGCCAGUGGAGGACUCUGAGGAAACCUCUGCUCAGGCUCCUCCAUGCUUGAGCUUGGGACCACCUUGCCUGGAUAUCAACCAAACUUCAGACUGGCCUGGGUUUCGGACCCUCCUGCAACAACUUCCUCCACAGGACAGUGAUCAGGAGCGCUACUGUCUGGCCCUAGGGGAGGAGGAACUGGCCCAACUUCGACUCUUCUGUGCCCAGCGGAAGCAGAAAUCCCUGGGACAGGGGGUGCUCUGUCUGCUGCCUCCCAAGCCUGAAGGACACACCUGUGAAAAGUGCAAGAAGCUGCUGAACCCAGGAGAGUGCGGUGUGUUCGCGGCCAGGGCUGGUGAGCGGUGCUUCUGGCACAGAGCCUGCUUUGCCUGCCAGGCCUGUGGCCAAGCCCUGAUAAACCUCAUCUACUUCUACCACAACGGGCACCUGUACUGUGGCCGUCAUCACGCAGAGCUGCUACGUCCCCGAUGUCCGGCUUGUGACCAGCUGAUCUUCUCCCAGCGCUGCACUGAGGCCGAGGGACGGCGCUGGCACGAGAACCACUUCUGCUGCCAAGACUGCGCCGGGCCCCUGGGUGGGGGACAUUACGCCCUGCCGGGAGGCAGCCCAUGCUGCCCCAGCUGCUUCAGGAGCCGCUACAGAAGCGCAGGCUCCAGCUCAGUAGACGCCCUGGAAGGGCAAGCGUCCCUUGGGGAAGAAGGACCGGGUCCGGGCGUCGGCUGGAACCGUGCCUCCUCGCAUGACAAGAUCACCUCCCGAGCUGCGCUUCCCUCUGCAGGCGCCAGCCUCACCUUGGAAACCCCGAGCGGGGAGUCCGGAAGGCCGGAGAGAGACGCUCCGCGGGCACCCGGAAACCCCAGAGAGGACAGCCCCUGCCCCACCUGCUCCUCUUCCUCAGAGUCGGAACCCGAAGGCUUUUUCUUCGGCCAGCGCCUUCCAGGCCCCUGGGAGACCCCCGGACACCUCCGAGCGGGAGACGGAGGCAUGUCCAGGAAGCACUGCACCGUUUGUUAG